CUGCACCCAAGGUCCACGAUACCCUCUGUGAUGCCCGUCUCUGGCUUUCUUGGUUUCCUGGUCCACCCCUGCCUACUCCCCACUCCGCCAUUACCCGGAACCCUGACCGGUGGGCGGGCCGCAGCCUGGAACCCGCUGCCCGGAGUAACCAGACAAACAGAACUCCACAGGACUCUGAGCCUGUUCUCUGGGUGGGCCACCUAUGCUCCCCACCUGCUGCCCUCCUGGCCCGCCUGGGUCAGGCCCCCGCCUCCCUAUGCAGCACCCCAAACCCUUCUACGCACCCACAGCUCCCCAAGAAGGCUUCAGUCCCCAGGGCCUGGAUGCCACUGAUGGGCUGGGCAGCCAGCCCACUCCCGCCUGCACAGAGCCUCUGUCCGCUGUGGGUUCCUCCAACCUGUACCACCCCCCAACCCCGGAGAAGGAGGUGUUCCCAACCCCUCCAGCAGGUUUCCAGAUGGCACCCUGCGGGUGCUUCUUUGACCCCCGCAUCUACCGAAUCGAGUGGGCCGCCACCGACUUUGGCCAGUCGUCCCUGUACAAGCUGGUGGCCGUGGGUGAUGGGGGGCCAGCUGGGGCCUCCACCUCGCCAGGCACUUACCUCCUGGAGCCCCAGCAUUACCUCAAGGCCCCAGUGCCACCCCCACCGCCCCCACCAUACCCCCACUACCAGCCACCGCCCCCUGGGGGCCCCCAGUACCUCCUGCCAUAUUUCCCACCUGAGGGGCCGGGGCCCGAGACCGUGGGCUUCAUGGGGGACAGGGGGCCACCCGCCUUCGUGGAGCUGCCCCUGCCCUUGAUCAAGGAGGGCCUGGCGCCCUCACUGCCCCCCAAGGAGAGCAAGCUGCCCCCGCUGCUCAUCACGCUGCCCGCCGAGACCACACUGCUCCCGGGCACCUAUAGCCACCUCAAGGGCCGCAUGAGCCAACAUCACGGGCCCGGGGAGCCCUUGACCUUCCCAGUCAAGGAGCUGCCCCCCAGCCCACUGUACCCACCAGUCCCCACCGAACCCAAGGCGGCCGGUGCUGAGGUGGCCCCACUGGGCGCGGGUGAGGCCAGGACCCCCGAGGUGGCCCGGGCCUUUGCACUGCCCGAGAAGGUGCUGCUGGAGGAUGCGAUGAAGCUCUUUGACUGUCUGCCGGGCGGUGCCGAGCCCGAAGGGGCCCCACGCAAGCCCCUGGGGCCUGGGCCAGCCCUGCCCGACAGCGGGGGCGGCGGCGACGACUCCUCUGGUGACAUCCGCUCGCUGCACCUGCCGGACGAGCUGCUGUCCUUCGACUACAGCGUGCCCGAGAUCCUGGACACUGUCUCCAACGUGGACUACUUCUUCAACUUUAAGGCACUGGACGAGGAGCCGCUGCCCCGUCCAGGGCCCCCUGCCGCCAACACCGCAGCCUCUGCCCCCAGGGCUGAGGCCCCUGGCAAGAGGAAGGCAGGCAGUUCCACCACCAAGAAGGGGCAGCAGGGCAGCAAGGGCAAGCAGGCCACGGGUCCCACGACUGCUGCCUCCUCAGGGCCCCGGCAGGACCUGGGAGCUACCCCCCAUUAAA